UCAAGUUCAAGCCAAACUUCAAGCUUGGAUCCCGAAUAUAUCACCCUAACGUCCCAUUUGUGGAUUUCCAUGAAGAGCACGAGCAAGCAUCUUUUAUUCUCAUCUGCAUCCCUCCCACUGCACGCCAUUCUAGAGCAGAUUCCUAGUAGGAUUGCUCUACCUCGACUCCUCGACUCCUCGAGAAUAUUUGUAGGAAGGCUUCAUUCUCAGAUCUGAAGCACAUAUACAUACCCUACACACACGCAAGCACCAUCAUGGUCCAACAACUCCAUCUAGCUCACACUCCGGCCAACUUGGCCCUGUAUGUUGCCGUCUACCGUGAUGUCGAGAAUGUCACGUUCCUCAGGGAACAGUUGCUCGCGGGAAAUGCGGAAUUUGAAUAUGCAUUUAUCGAUGCUAGUAUGGUCGUCUCUACCAAACAUGCCCUCGCAGCAGCAUUCCGCGCCAUCAACGACUACAUGAACGACCGGCUCAAGUCCCGCAACAUUCACUCCGAGAUUGUCUUUUCUUUGAGCCCCAACAACAAUAUCGGUGAAGCAUUCCGCCGCUUCGGCGUCUCCGAGACCGCUAGAGACCUACUCGUCAUGAAAGUCGCGAUGACACCUCAAAUCACAUUAGAGAGCGUCAGCCAACAUUUCUCAACUCAUAUCCAAGGCAACGAAGUGCCCUUUGAUGAUGCUACCUUCCAGCAGACGGCCGAUUUCGAUCGCAUUCGGAAAGUAUAUAAGUUGUCCACUUUGGCACCUAGAACUAAAAAGGGCGGCCCGGUUCCCAAGGUCGACGGCGCCGUUAACGGAGACGCCGCACUUACCAAUGGCGAUAAAGCGAACUUCAAUGAGACUAGGAAUCUGGAGGUUCAGAUUCUUGGACUUAUGGCACUCAGAGGAGCUACGUGAUUGGUGGUGUACAGGCACUGGAUCACCUCGUUGUACGCCGGACAGAAAUUCGAAGCUGUAACCUUUUCAGCAGAUGGUAUUGCCGUCGCUAAGUCAAUCGGGACUCUCUGGUGGGUUUGAUUGAUGCUGAACUCGACGCCGAGCGGUACGUCGUCCCACAGCGGAGAUUGUCGCCUGUCUUCUGGUGUGGGUUGUUGACGGUGUGAGUACCCUUUUCGGGAGAGCUGCUCGACAUAUCGCAACAGCUCGGGACAAAAGCCCUCAUUGGCGGAAGCCUGCCGUGGCUGUCAACUCUCAAGAAACGAGUGCUCUGGGAACAAAUGCUCCCCACAUCAGAACUCGAAAGCGAUAUUCAGGAAGAUGUCAGCAUGCAGUCUAGCCUCGGAAAGGCCUUAUCCUUCAGUCCGCCGCCACCAUAUCUCUUCCAGAAACAUGCGGUGACAUUACUCUGCCAUCCACAGAACAGGACAACCUGAAAUGUGUGUUGACACCUUCGUCGCGCCGGGUCGACUUCAAUUUUGUCCCCUGACAAAUUAGCCUUCUUCCAACAUCAUCAAAUAUGACCCUCCCGAAUCGAAGCUGCGCCAAUAUACGCGACAAUGAUACCAUGCCGAGUAUAGCCAUACCUACCAUCACCAAGUCAAACGACGUACUACACCCCAACCAUGCUAUACACUACUCUAUCACCCCAUGGAAAUGGGAUCAUGACAAUGACGAGAAGAUGGAGAUGACGAUGCCUCCAGUCACAGUGCCAUUCUUCCUCAAAUCUGUGUCCAUCUGCACUUUAUCUCCCAAUUACAGCCACAAUGGGCACAGGUAACAGUACCUAGCUAGGUAGCUGUCUAUUCAACUACCUCUUGGGUUCAUCCAUCCAUUCAUCCAUCCACAUUGCUCACACACCAUACAUUGGCAACCCCCCUUCCCUUCCAGCCACCCUCUUUCCGCAAUCCCAGUCCAGCUUGUGGAUCAAAGCGACACCAUUACCUCAUCCCGACCUGGUGAAAACCAAUUUGAGUCCCUCGGUAGCGCAAUAGUCCGCAGUCUGUCUUGCAACUCUGGUCUCGACUACUACACAAUCGAUACUUACAGGAACACACAUGGGCACUCAUGCUUACCGGUGUCAAGUAGUCUAGUAUACUAUAGUCCACAUUUAGCAUCAUUAUUCAGACUGGGCCUCAGAGAACCAAAAAUGAACUUGAUUUAUAUAUUGGACGCUUCAUGUACAUCCCUCAGACCCACCUACUACAGUUAGGUACGGUAUCUACCUUAGCUACCCGGGACGUACACUUACAGUAGUAACGAAAGCACAGCAGUCGUUACGCACUGGUAAGCCAGCGAAGCGAAACGAGGCAGGCACUGGCAGGCAGGCUCUGCAUCUGUCAUAUCCAUGAAGCAAGCAGGCAAGCACCACAGUGAGCACUGCCAAAGAAACCCGAUCGACAGAGCAAUAACAUACAUUUCGU